UGAAAAUAAAGGCACAUCUAAAAUUCUAAACCCCUCGAAUUUUAGAACAGAGUUGAACACAGUUGUUCUUUCACAAAGCAUCAGGGAAGAGAGAGAAAGAUGAAUGCUCCUGAUCGAUACGAGAGAUUCGUCGUUCCUGAAGGCGUUAAGAAGGUUUCGUAUGAGAGAGAUACGAAGAUCAUCAAUGCCGCCUCUUUUACCAUUGAGAGAGAAGAUCACACCAUUGGCAACAUCCUCCGCAUGCAAUUGCACAGAGACCCAAAUGUCCUUUUUGCCGGCUACAAGCUUCCACACCCUCUUCAGUACAAAAUUCUUGUUAGGAUUCACACUACAAGCCAGUCUUCACCAACACAGGCAUACAACCAAGCGAUCAAUGACCUAGACAAGGAACUUGACUGUUUGAAAGGUGCAUUUGAGGCUGAGAUGGCAAGGUUUGCAAGUGAUUAUUGAUCCAAGACAGGGGUUGGGUGAUGCUAUGUUUGAUGUGUCAAUGGAUAUCCGAAGAAAUGUAGUAUAGUGAUUUGUAUCUAGUUGGAUUGUUUAGAUUUUGUGGGUUUAGACUUGAAUAUUUUAGCUAGCUUGUCAAAAUCCCAAUUGCUGUAGCUAGGGAGAUCCCACUUUUGGGUGCAGCCUCUGUUCUCCUAUUAACAGAUGCUAUUUGCUGGUUCACUGGUAAAUCAUUCCCUUGUGAUGUUCAGCGACUAACCAUUUGAUUUAUAAGUAAUCAAAUGAACCCUACUUAACCAUCAUGUUAUCCUAAACUUGGUAAGCGUUUAUAAACGUAUUAACUAAUUCGUUUA